AUGGGAGCAGGCCGGCCCGGGGCGCCCAUGGAGCACCAAGGUAGGGCCGCCGCCUCAGCCGGCGCCCCCCCGGGGCCGCCGGCCUCCGAGUCGUCCUCGUCCGGAGAGCCGGGGCCCGGGGGGCCGGCGCUGGAGCCGCGGAAGCGGGAGCCCGCCCGCCGCCGGGCCAGCAGCACCUUGGCCGCCUCUUCGUUGCCCUCGCCCGCCGCCGCGGCGGUUGACAACCAGUGCCAGGGAGCGGCGGACGGCAUGAACCGGGAGCGGCCGGGCUUCUACAGCGGCGCCACGCACGGCACCCGCCAGCGCCUGGAGACCCUCAAGAAGAAACGGCCGCUCUUUCCGUGGUUUGGCUUGGAUAUUGGUGGAACCCUGGUCAAGCUGGUUUAUUUCGAACCCAAAGAUAUCACUGCUGAAGAAGAGGAAGAGGAAGUGGAAAGUCUUAAAAGCAUUAGGAAAUACCUAACCUCAAAUGAGGCAUAUGGGUCCACAGGCAUUCGGGAUGUCCACCUUGAAUUGAAGGAUCUGACCUUGUGUGGACGUAAAGGCAAUCUGCACUUUAUACGUUUUCCUACUCAUGACAUGCCUGCUUUUAUUCAAAUGGGCAGAGAUAAAAACUUCUCAAGUCUCCACACUGUGUUUUGUGCCACCGGAGGUGGAGCAUACAAAUUUGAGCAGGAUUUUCUUACAAUAGGUGAUCUUCAGCUUUGCAAACUUGAUGAACUAGACUGCUUAAUUAAAGGAAUUUUAUACAUUGAUUCUGUUGGAUUCAAUGGACGGUCACAGUGCUAUUACUUUGAAAACCCAGCUGAUUCUGAAAAAUGUCAGAAGUUACCCUUCAAUCUGAAAAAUCCAUAUCCUCUUCUGCUGGUGAACAUCGGCUCUGGGGUUAGCAUCUUGGCAGUAUAUUCCAAAGAUAAUUAUAAACGUGUUACUGGUACCAGUCUUGGGGGAGGAACCUUUUUUGGUCUUUGCUGUCUUCUGACUGGCUGCACCACUUUUGAAGAGGCUCUUGAAAUGGCGUCUCGUGGAGAUAGUACCAAGGUGGAUAAACUAGUACGAGACAUCUACGGAGGGGACUACGAGAGAUUUUCAUUGCCAGGCUGGGCUGUAGCCUCUAGUUUUGGAAACAUGGUGAGCAAGGAGAAAAGAGAGGCCGUCACUAAAGAGGACCUGGCCAGAGCCACCUUAAUCACCAUCACCAACAACAUUGGCUCAAUAGCACGAAUGUGUGCUCUCAAUGAGGGUAUCAACUUAGUGGACUGAAGGCCUUCCUUUCCUGUUCCAGUAAGAGCCCUCUGCCAGUUUACCUGUCUUUCCUGAUCUUGCCGUGUGAAUUUUGCUUGGGGUGCUCCAGGCAAGGAACAUGUUUGGUGUUUCUCACUGGCUACACAUUGCAGCCUACCAUAAAUCAGCAAGCAUUUGCUAAAACAUUAACCAGGUGGUAUUUGUUGGAAAUUUUUUGCGAGUUAAUACCAUUUCCAUGAGACUUCUUGCGUAUGCUUUGGAUUAU